CCCCCCCCUCUCUCUCUCAAAAACCUCCAUUAAUGGCGUUCCAUUUCUCACUUCUUGUUGGGCUCAUAGGGUUUUUGAUCGUCCUCUCUCUUCCUCUCUCUCACUCCUUGUCCAUCCAUGACCUGCUCAAAACCAAAGGCUUACCGGCAGGUCUCGUCCCAAAGGACGUCAAGUCCUACACACUCUCUGAAACUGGCCUUCUCGAGGUCUACCUUGAAGAACCAUGUUUAACCAAGUUCGAUACCAAUUCCUUCUACGAAAGUGUUGUGAGGGCUAACCUGACCUACGGUGGUCUUACUGGUGUCGAAGGUAUGUCUCAGGAAGAGCUUUUUCUGUGGUUACCAGUCAAAGAUAUCAUUGUUGAUGAUCCCAAGUCGGGUCUCAUACUCUUUGACAUUGGUGUCGCUCACAAACAGCUUUCUCUCUCCCUCUUUGAAGAUCCACCAGAUUGUAAUCUCCAAGGUUUGUGGGUGUUUUGAUGAGGAAUGGUUGGUGGGACAAAGGAUUUGAAGCUCAAAGAUAGAAAAGAUGCCACUCUUAUUUUGUACCCUUUUCUUUUUACAUAUUUCAAUAAUGACUAUAAAUAUAUAUAGUUAGCUUAGCAAGUGUUCUUAGAUGUUGGUAGGGAGGAGGGGCUGCAAAGAUCUCGAGGAA